UUUGCAGAUCUUUAUCAUUUUAUUACAACCACUUACCCCGCAUCAGAUUAAGAAAAUGCAGAUUCAAAUUUCAGCUUCUGCUCACCCUCCCAAUGCCAAAACUGCUGAUGUUAAACGUCGAUCUGCAGGUUAUCAACCUAGCAUUUGGGGGGACCAUUUCCUUUCAAACAACUAUCACUCUCUGCAGAAUACAAAUGACGGAAUGUAUGAACAUCAUGCGAAACUCAAGCAAGAAGUGAGGAGUGUGCUGAUGAUGAAUGUGGAUAAACUUUCACACAAAAUAGAUUUGAUCGAUUCAAUCCAGCGCCUCGGCGUGUCUUACCAUUUUGAAACUGAAAUUGAUGAAAUUCUAAAAGAGAUUAGCUCUGAAUCUGAUGAUCAUAUUAAUGACCUAUAUGCAAUUGCUCUCAAGUUUCGGCUGGUUAGACAACAAGGCUACAACAUGUCCAGUGAUGUUUUUAACAAGUUCAAGGACAGCCAAGGGAACUUCAAGGAUGCCCUUGUCAAUGACCACCGAGGAAUGCUAAGCUUGUAUGAAGCUACGCAUCUCAGGGUGCACGGAGAAGACAUUUUAGAAGAAGCACUAGCUUUCACUACUGCUCACCUUGAGUCCAUGGUUACCCCAGGUAUGCCCUUCGCACCGCAAAUUACCCAUGCUUUAAAGCAGCCUAUUCGGAAGGGCUUGCCCAGACUAGAGGCAAGGCGUUACUUCUCUAUCUACGAAGGAGAAUCUUCAUGUAAUCCAGUUCUGCUAUCUUUUGCUAAGUUGGACUUCAAUAUAUUGCAAAAACAACAUCAGAAGGAACUGAGUGACAUUGCAAAGUGGUGGAAAGAAUUAGACUUUGCAAACAAGCUUCCUUUUGCAAGAGACAGAAUUGUCGAAUGCUACUUCUGGAUUUUGGGGGUUUACUUUGAGCCUGAAUAUUCUCCGGCUAGAAGGAUUCUAACCAAAGUGAUUGCUAUGACCUCAAUUAUGGACGAUAUUUAUGAUGUAUAUGGAACACCUGAAGAACUUGAGCUCUUUACAGCAGCAGUCGAAAGGUGGGAUAUUAGCGCAAUAGAUCAGCUGCCAGAGUACAUGAAAGAAUAUUACAAGGCAUUUCUAAAUGUAUAUACAGAAAUUGAAAAAAACUUGUUCGAUCAAGAAAAAUUAUACCGUUUUUAUUAUGCUAAAGAAGCAAUGAAAUAUCAAGUUAGAGCUUACUUCAUGGAAUCCAUAUGGUUCCACCAGAAACACUUACCGACGACAGAGGAGUACAUGUCCAUCGCAUUAACUACCUCAGGCUAUGCACUAAUGGCAGUUACAUCCCUUGUUGGAAUGGGAGAUAUCGUAACAAAAGACUCAUUUGAUUGGUUAUUUACUGAACCUAAGAUGGUUACAGCCUCAGAAAUCAUUGCUAGACUCAUGGAUGACAUUGUAUCCCACGAGUUUGAGCAAAAGAGAGGACACUCGGCGUCCAGCAUUGAGUGCUACAUGAAACAAUAUAGAGCUACGAAAGAAGAAGCUGUACAAGAAUUUAAAAAAUGGGUUGUAAGUGCAUGGAAGGAUAUUAAUGAAGAGUGUCUGUAUCCGACUUCCGUCCCUAUGCAUGUCCUAACGAGAAUUCUCAAUCUUUCACGAGUAAUGGAUGUUGUGUACAAGAAUGAAGAUGGCUACACACAUGCUGGAGUGUUAAAAGAUUUUGUGUCUUCUCUACUCGUGGAUCCUGUAUAACAUGAGCAAGUGGGGUUAUUUAGGAAGUGUCGUUUUUUAUAAUUAUGUUGUGGUUAGCUAGUGUGGUAGACUAUUAAGAAUAUGGGCAAAUAUGAAUCCGGUCCGGUUAAAGGAGCUUGAAAUGAAAACUUCAAUUGGUUUGCAAUGUUUGCAUGUAACUUAUAAUGUGUAAGAAGUGCCUGUCGGGGUAGUGAAGCUCUCCCUUUUUGAGUUUAUCACGAAAAAUAUUUUUUGUAA